AUGCGUUUGCUAUACGAGCUGCUGUUUGCAUUGUGUGUUGUAAUCACUGUGUGCGAUGCUGUGUCUCCAUCUAAUGACUAUGCACUCGAAGCUACUGUCCAACAAAGUGGUCGCCUUCGAGCCUCGCAUCGUUCCCGUGCCGCUGCUGAGGCUCGUGGCAUGCCUGACUACCGGCUGUUAAGGACUGACAGCUUUGCGACGGAGAAUGAUGCUGCCGACGUUGAAGAAAGGGGUAUCCCCGGUUUGUCCAAGCUAAGCGAAUGGAUCGAGAAGGGAAAAUCCAAGAUGAGCGACCUGCAACUACGGAUACAAUACAAGGACGUGGUUAGACACGGCGUGUCGGACGACAGGGUCACAAAAGCGUGGGUGCAACGCGGGAACCCUGCGGAGGAUAUUUACAACCGCUGGAUUCGACUGAAGAAGUCGGACUUAGAAGCAUCCAAACUCUUGCUGGAGCAAAACUUAAAACCGAGGGAUCUGUAUGACCUCUGGGCUGGACGUGGGAUGAGCAUGGAAGACAUCUACAAGCUUUGGCGAGAACUGAAACUGGAUGAUACUCAAAUCUAUAACAUGUGGGUUACAUUACCAGGAAAAACAAAAAAAAACCGAUGA